UUAAUGUAAUGUUUGUAUCAAAUGGAUUUUAACAUUAUAAUAAGAUUUCCGAUUUUGGAUUUUGGCAACUUUUGGAACUUUUAUACCAUUGUCCAUUUGUCUUCAAUUGAAAAAUUGGUCCUUGAAAAGAAAAAUAAUUCAGCUAAAUGGACCACAAAAACGAACAUCGGUAACAGGAGCAAUUUACCGCCGGGGAAUUCACGGUAGGGUAGAUUCGUGACGAAAAUGGGAGCUAAUCGUCUCACGAAACAAACACCGCUAUCAAAAAAAAUUUCAUUGCCGGGGAACUCUCUGUCGGAGUAGGAUAAUAAGGUAGUGUUACAGUGUAUACAACUCAUUGCCCUUUUCGUAUGUACUACACAGCAAUCGGUCGCAAACGAUGGGUUAAGCAACACGUCAUGCAGAGGUACCAACCACGACGAACAGAUACUGCGAAAAUACCAGAACAGUUGCAUGCACACAAACCACAACCAGUCGAGUGCAAAUAGUUCGAGAGUACACUAUUUUGAAAUGGCGAACAGCGGAAAAUAUGUGCGUGCUCCAUUCGAAAGUGAGUUGGUUGCAACGGAUCUACAUGACGAUGAGGGUUCGGAGAUGUCAGACUCCGGAACGAUUUCUGCUGACGACUUGAAAAUGGAUCAGUCGGAUAAGUCGAAUGACAUUGAUAUGCAAACUGGAAUAGCGGAUGAAGAUAACUCCAUACCAACCGGGACUAAUGCUGUGGAAGGUAAUACAGGUCAAUACGACGGUCAAAGCACUGCUCCUUCUCAUUCACUGACCGGCGAUAUAAGUAAAAAUAUCGGCGAUAGAGUAGAUCGCCUGGAGAAUGCGAUUGUCAACCUUUGCGAAGCAAUGUUAGAGCAACACCGCCAAACGGCUACAAAAGACGACAAAGAUACUUGGGAGAAUUGUUUCCACGAACCAGAAACUGGGCAAGCUGACCGUUCCCUAUCGGCGUACCCGCCAACAAGCUCUGAGAGACGUGGUAUCGAUAUCUGGAAACAUUCGAAAUAGCUGCUACCUUCAUCAACGCCCGCAGGACUCAGCAGUUAUUAUACCUGUCGAUGGGUGAGGAGCUUUAAGGCAUAGUACGCGCAGCCUGUUUGAAACCAGAUCUGAAAAAUCCUUCAUGUUAUAGUGAAUUUGUGAAGAGUAUCGACAAGUAUCUCAAAUCCAUGACGGAUAGCGCAGCAGAACAUGAAGCUUUUCUGUCAAUGCAACAGGAUAAGGAUGAAUCUGCCGUCAACUUUCAUGCCCGCCUAAUGGAAAAGGUCCGACUCUGUGGAUACAACGCAGAUGAUCAAAAAAGGUUGGUUCGGGUGCAGCUGAUCAAAGGAAUGAGAAACCAGGAAUUGGAAAAAGCAGCUAGAACGUAUGGCUACGAGACGGACUUUAUUGUGCAGUCAGCUACGCGUAGUGAAGUUUUUGAGCGGGAUAGGCACAGUUCAUCAAGCAAGGCAGAUGUCGAACAACUUAACCGUGUUGAAAAGUCAUCGGGGUCAUUUGUUGAUCGGAAGCGUCGGUUCGGUGAUAAAUCGGAUGUUAAGUGCCGCGACGCUUACGGUGAGGGACCCAGUGAUCGUUUUUUGAAGCGUAACACAUACAAAAAUCGCUCAUAGAGCAACACUAGUCACGCUGUGCACGCUGCGAUCGCGCCCCACAUAACGAUAGCAAACGUUGCCCGGUACGAACAAGGAGCUGCAACACGUGUGGCGAGAGAGGUCAUUUCGCCAUUGUUUGUCGACAGAAGAAGGUGCACAGUGCCGAAGACGGAAAAUUUCAUGGCAAACAUGCAUCUGCCAACAAACCGGACGCGUAUUCGUUUAGGUUAUGCUAAUAUUAGUAACAGAAAUGAAUGAAACGGAACGAAAACGAGCGAGCAAGAGACUGAUAGUAGUGCGGAUUCGCGCUACUAUACUAAAUAUUGGUCGGUCGGUUUUCUCUUCAUUCGUUGUACACCAGAAAAGCAGAAAUUUUCUCGCCAUAGCCCGUACCAAACAGACCAUCCGCAAGCAGUCAGCAAAGAAAACCAUCCGCGAAAGUAUCUCAACCCCUGGUGACGUUGAAGAGCCAAAUGCUACAGAACAGGAAUUGUCACCCUGCGAGAAAUUCGCCGCUACCGGAAAUGAAUGGAAUUUUCCUCCCACGAUAAAACAAACCAAUGGUCCUUUUCAGGACCAAAUUAAUUAUAUGGCAAGAAUUUUUAAUUGAAACUUCAUUAAAGUUCGGUUGUCAGACAUUACAUGCUCGUCUUUUUUAUUGGAACUGAAAAGUACAUAAUUUGUUUACCGAUGAAAAAAUCCGCUAAUUAUUAUCACAAUUUGAAUAGGUGAGCGCUGCUCAGGCUAGAAACAUGAGAAAUAGUAUUAACGGAAAAUUUGCACUAAUAAUUCUUGACAAGUAGAUUUUGAUAGUCCUGAAAAUCACUGUUUUGGCAACAUUGCGGACGUACGAGUUUACGUCUUGCUUGGAAUGAUCUUCGGGGCAGCCUUCUUGACAGGUGGGGCGGUUUUCUUUGGCUUGUUCUGUGCAGCCUUCGUUGGUUUGGCCUUCUGUUUAUUGCCAGCUGCUACCGCCUUUGCAGCGACAGCGUUGCCUUUCUUCGCAGCCUGUUUUUAGCGGCAGCCUUUGGUUUGUUGGCCUUCUCAUUACCUCCACCAUCAGCGGUUUUUUUGUUUUCGACAUACAAAAAUGGUAUGUAACGAAAAGUGGUCCAAUUUUAAUCGCAUAUAAUUCAGCCAUCUCACGAUAAAUUUUCAAAUUUUUUGCGCAUAUCGCCCGAAAUAAUUCUAAGAAUAGAUUCCAAUAGAUAAACCCAAAGAUUUUUGA